AUGGAGAAUGAAUUUGACAGUGUGUUUCCUAAAUCUUAUGUGAUGAAAGGAGGAGAAGGUCCUCAUAGCUAUGCUCAAAACUCAACCGGUCAGAAAUCAGCAAUUGAAGCAGCCAAGCACCAUCUUCAAAAUGCCAUUACCAAAAAGUUUGAUUUAAAAGCCAUUUCUGCUUCCUCUGAAAACCUAAUCUGCAUAGCUGACUUGGGUUGCUCUAUGGGGCCAAACACCUUCAUUGCAAUUCAAAACAUAGUAGAAGCAAUACAACUUAAAUACCAAUCUCAAAAUCAAUCUACCCCGGAAAUCCUAGUCUUUUUCAAUGAUCAAGCAUCAAACGAUUUCAACACUCUCUUUCAAAACUUUCCUCCCAAUAGAAACUACUUCGCAGCUGGAAUUCCUGGCUCUUUCUAUGGACGUUUAUUUCCAAAACAAAGCCUGCAUUUAGUUCACACUUCUGCAGCAUUGUCUUGGCUAUCUGAGUUGCCCAAAGAACUUACAGAUAGAAGUUGUGGUGCUUUGAACAAGGGGAGGAUUUUCUAUACUAAUGCCCCAAGUGAAGCUUAUGAUGCCUAUCAGAGACAAUUUAAGAUGGAUUGGGAGGCAUUUCUACAAGCCAGAGCACAAGAGCUUGUGGACAAUGGGAUCAUGGCUUGUUUGAUGAAUGUUAUUAAUGAUAUUGAUUUCAAAGUGGACUUGUAUCUUGGGAAAGAUUUUGAGCUAUUGGGAAGCUGUCCAAUGGACAUGGCCAAAUUGGGACUAAUUCAAGAAGAAAAGGUGGACACCUUUAAUGUUCCUCUUUGUUCUCUCAUUUCAUCAAAUCUGGAUUUGAUGAAAAUACUUGAAACUAGUGAAGAUUUCAGCAUAGAACAAUCAGAGGUAAUGGAUAACAACUGCUUUGUCAUACCAAACAUUGAAUAUUUUGUUUCUCGAUUGCGAGCUGUGCUGGAAGUACUGAUUGAGAAUCACUUUGGAGUGGGAAUUGUUGAUGAACUUUUUGAGCGUUUCACUGAGAAAGUUAGAGAGUUCCCAAAAAUCAUGGAUGUUCCCAAGCUUAAGUUCCAUUUGUUUUUCGUUGUUCUUAAGCGCAAGGUAAAAGCAUAA